GCCCUGCUACGAGAGACGGGCGAAAUGCCCUUGCACCUUAGGAGAAAUCUCGCCAGCGUCAAACAUUAUUUAAGGUGCUACGAGGUGAAGUCUGACCUGCUAGCAGAAAAAGAAGAGUGGUUCAAAAACGCCGAGCAGUGUUUUCUCUCCAGAGUCGAGUCCGUUACAAACACCUUGGACCAUCAUCCUAAAUCAGUCGAGAAAUUAUCCAUCAGCAAGCACCCGCCAUGGCAGGCUUUGCUUCCGGAAGUCACGACGUACACACCAAACGACCUGAAAUGGCAAAAUGUGGUCCACAUUUACACAGACGCAGCAAAAUCAAAAGACGGGCGAUGUGCUGUUGCCUUUGUGGUACCAGAGAAAGUCAUCGUUGAGCAGAAGCGUCUGGUGGACGGUUUGGCGACAGCAAAGUGUGAACUCGUAGCAAUACACCUGGCAGUAAAGUGGGCAGAAGCACACGCAACACUGGGGAGCUUUGUUAUCCUAACAGACUCAAAAAAGGCAUUGCAAAUACUCCACUCAAGUAGUGAAAACAACAGUGUCAAAACAAGCACCGUGGACACCUGGCGAGCACUCUCCAGAGCUGGCACAACUGUCAGUUUUUCGUGGGUAAAAGGACACAGUGGAAUAUCCGGUAACGAGCAAGCUGAUCGUGCUGCCAAAAAUGGGCUGGAGCUAAAACCCAGCCUCAGCUGCAGAAGAGACACAAACGACAUCCGUGAAAACGUUGAAGACCUCCUCCUGAAAAAAUGGCAAGGCCUCUGGGACAAGCCGAAAACGGAAAGUGGACGUUUCACCCACAGACACAGUCCAGUCGUGUCAAGAAUCGCCUCCCUGUUCGGCCAGUCAAGAAGUGAGCAAGUGUUCUUAUCGCAGAUUCGCCUCGACAUGCUGCCGCUAAACUAUCGUCUGUUCAAACGCAAAAAACAUCCGACCGGUCUCUGCUGCAACUGCGACGCCGAAGAAAAAGAAAAUGUCGAACAUGUACUGCUGGCCUGCCCGGCGUACGCAAAGGAGCGAGAAGAAAUGGUGUACGUAGUGAGCGAAAACACUCCCACACUGCAAGAGCUGCUAAAUUUCAACGACGAGCAAGAGAAACCAAAAACCUAAAGCCGGUGCCCAGCUUUCUCCCUAAAACGCAUGUGCAAGUGGCGUAAAUAGGCCUGCCGGCCUGGAAACGUCAAACCCCCAUCCCCAAAAAACCAACCAACCAACCGACAGGGAUCAGUCGAGUGAGCAUCUCCGACACGGCAAACUCCAUAUUUCGUCGUAAUAACAGUUCG